CGUGUGUGUGUGCGUGUGUGGUAUUUGUGUGUGAGGAGGAGACGCGCCUGUCUGAGCAUCAUCUGGUAGCUGUACAGGCUACUCCUGCGCGGCGAUGAUACACAAGCGAUUUUUUAAUCCGUGUGUGAAAAACUGAAGAUUCAGGGAUGCUGCUGCUGCUGCCAUUUCCAGUCCGGCUCUGAUAGAGACAACGAGGCGCGCAGCACGGGACUGGACACCUAGAAAAUCUCUCUCUCCUCACCUCUCCUCCGCCUCUGCACCUUUCUCCCCCCCCCUCCCCCCGUUUUUUUUCCUCUCAAACCCCCCCUCUCCUCCCUCCUCCACCACCCCUGGAGCGUCUUUUCAUUCGGAUCAGUUGAUAAUCCAUCUGUGAUUCAGAUAGCCACCCACUCCUCCAUCCUCUCCUUUAUUUAACCAUACAGCCUCUUAAUAAACCCCCUCGUUACGCACUCACACUCGCAAAAGCACGGACGCACGCACGGACGCACGCAGCAUCCACAUCAGCACCACCACCACCACCACCUACAGCCAUCAUGGAGACGACCAAGCUGCCUCCGUCCAGCCCGUCCUCGCCGACCACCAGCUUCUCGGUGCCGUCCGCGGAGAAGGUGGACGGCUUCCCGCGCAGGUCCAUGCGCAGAGCCCGGCAGAGGAGGUCCCACAGCUCGUCUCAGUUCCGUUACCAGAGCUCCCAGGUGGAGCUCACCCCGCUACCCCUGCUUAAAGACGCCCCAGUGGCAGAGCUGCACGACCUGUUCUGUAAGAAGCUGCAGCAGUGCUGCGUGCUGUUUGAUUUCCUGGACUGCGUGGCUGACCUGAAAGGGAAGGAGAUCAAACGUGCGGCGCUCAACGAGCUGGUGGAGAGCGUGGCCACAAGCAGAGGAGUCCUCAUAGAGCCUCUCUACCCAGAGGCUAUAAAGAUGAUCUCGGUAAAUAUCUUCAGGACUCUCCCACCUAGUGAGAAUCCAGAGUUUGACCCAGAGGAAGAUGAGCCAACACUGGAAGCCUCCUGGCCACACCUGCAGCUGGUGUAUGAGUUCUUUCUGCGUUUCCUGGAGAGCCCAGACUUCCAGCCCUCCAUGGCCAAACGCUACGUCGACCAGAAGUUUGUCUUGCAGCUCCUGGAGUUGUUCGACAGUGAGGAUCCGAGGGAGAGGGAGUACCUAAAGACCAUCUUGCACCGUGUCUAUGGAAAACUGCUGGGCCUCCGAGCCUACAUCCGCAAACAGAUCAACAACAUCUUCCUCAGGUUCAUAUACGAAACUGAGCACUUCAAUGGCGUUGCGGAACUGUUGGAAAUCCUCGGCAGCAUCAUAAACGGCUUCGCCCUGCCGCUGAAGUCUGAACAUAAGCAGUUCCUGGUUCGGGUCCUUAUCCCACUUCACACAGCAAAGUCCCUUUCCAUCUUCCACGCACAGCUGGCCUACUGUGUGGUGCAGUUUAUGGAGAAAGAUGCCACAGUGACUGAAUAUAUCAUCAGAGGGCUGCUCAAGUACUGGCCGAAAACCUGCACGCAGAAAGAGGUGAUGUUCCUGGGGGAGAUCGAGGAGAUCCUGGAUGUGAUAGAGCCAUCUCAGUUUAUCCGGAUUCAGGAGCCACUCUUCAAACAGAUAGCAGCCUGUAUCUCCAGUCCUCACUUCCAGGUAGCAGAGCGGGCUCUUUACUUCUGGAACAAUGAAUACAUCCUCAGUCUGAUUGAGGAAAACUGUCAAGUCAUCCUUCCAUUGGUAUUCGCCACCCUCUACAGAGUCUCCAAGGAGCACUGGAACCAGACCAUUGUGUCACUGAUUUACAAUGUGCUGAAGACCUUCAUGGAGAUGAACAGCAAGUUGUUUGAUGACCUCACUGCCUCCUACAAAGUGGAGAAACAGAAGGAGAUGAAGCGAGAAAGGGAGCGUGCCGAGCUCUGGCGAGGCCUGGAGGAGUACCAGGAGCGCCGGAUGCAGAUGCUCACAGAGGCCGCCAGGAACCAGCGCAACCUACAGGAGCGAGGCGAGAGAGGGGACACGCUUACCCCUUCCUCCCCGCAAACGGCUCACUCUGACCAGCCUGAACCCAAGCCCAGCGGGGCCUCCUCUGGAGCCGGGGAGAGCGCCACCUAGGUGUUGCUCCAGAGAUCACAUGGGUCAGGGAUGGGGGGCGGGGGGAUUAGGGGACAGGGAGAAGACAGGAAGAUGAUGGUAAAAGUGUUGGGAGACAGAAAAAGGUACAAAACAAGCCCACUUUUUUUUCCUUUUUCAUCUUGUAUCAUCGAGGUGGUCGCUUUUUGUGAAAAGGCGCAAACUCUGUGAUCCAAGGCAAACACUGUACCUUCUUUCUAACAGAGUUGUGUGAAACUGGUUCACUUUUUGCUGUACACACGAUAUGUUGCACAUCAGAAGAAAAAUAUUGUCCAGAGUGCAGACUGUCACUUAAAUUAGUGGAAACUGCAGGUCAGUACCCCAAAACCGGUAGCUGGCCUGCUUCAAAUCUCCCUCAAAAUGAGAGAGAAAAUAUCUAUUUUGGUGCAACGCUUACCACGUUUAACACAUUUCUAACUUGUCUAAUGGAGUAACAGUCUGCACUGUGGCCUCGUAUUUAUCUUUUGGUUAGAGAUGUUUAUUUUAAUGCUUGGAUAGCACAAUGCAUCAAUAAACAAAAGAAGCAAUUUCACACAAAAGUCCCCAAACUAUUGCCGGACCCACAAAUCGCCACAGGCCCAGGUACAUUUUUACUGUAAAUAUCAGAAGACAGAGCUACAGAGAGUUUAUCCAGGUUAAACAAAUCACACACCAACAGCUGAUCGAUGCACUUGAAUAUUUCUGUAAAACAUACACACACACACACAGACACACACACACACGGCUGAUUCUGGCAUUAACUCCUCUCCCAAUCUGCCAGGUUCCACCAAAGGAUGAGCCUAAAGCCCCUAAUAACCGCUGAUGACAAUAUAAGUACAAUAAUGUUCCUUCUUCUUACUUGUUACUCUAAUACUACUACUCUACUCUACUCUAAGUACUACUGAUGAUGACGAUGAUGAUGAUGAUGAUGUUUUUAUAUAUAUAUAUCUAUAUAUAUAUAUAUCCAUACGUCUCUGGAUAUUUCUGUAGUGUAUUACGGGAGAAACACUAGUGUAGCAGAUACCAUAAAGGGGAAGGCCGACUCGAAUUCUGAAUUCACAUCACAUGUUAAAUGUAUGAGGCCAUAAUGUGAGUGCUGAAAUUCAGCAGAAUUCCCCUUUAACAGACCUUUAAAGGGGAGGGAUGAGCUGGAUUAGCAGUGGUGGAUUUUCUUUCAUUCAAUACUUGUGGUGUGGCAGGUGGGAUUUAAAAAAAAAUCCCCAAACAUUCCACAUUUAAAGCUCAUGAAUAUUUUUAAAGGUGCCCUGUGGAGUUUUCUUGUAAACACAGCUGUGUGUACAUUACAUCAAGUCUUACUCCUCAGAAUGUAUUUUGUGUACUCUGGAGGCUUGAUGAACUGUGUUUCCAUUUCCAUUAAUCACAGAGUAAAGGUAAUUGUUGCAUUGUUUUAAACCCUGCAUUGUUUACAUAUCU